AUGAGUAGCAAGCUCCACUGACUGAGCCAGCCAGGCACCCCGUCUGUGCUACAAAUGUGUUUUUCAAUGUAGUUUGAGUGAAAGAUAAUUGACCUCUCCCAAAAGGUAGAAAAAUUAAUGCAGAAAAUGGCACAGAAUGAAGACUGCACCUUCUAAUGGGUGAUUCACUGGCACCAUUUCUCCUACCAAUCCUCACCCACUCUCAAGUCUUCCUUAUUCCUUUGGUGCUGGGGCUGUAGCAUUGAACUUGAUGGACAUGAUUCCUGACUUCAUGGAGCUCACAGUCUUAAGAAGUACUAUGGAGUCAAGUCCAAAAACUCUUCUGAGAAUCCCAUCCUAGGAGCCAAAGGCCUGCUAAGAUGUGUAUGGUAUAACAGCAACAAAAUAACAUCAACAGCUAAUGAGCACAUAAUAUCUACAAUAUACUGUGAUGUCAUAAUUUGGACAAACGCUUAUGCUUUUCUGGCUUUGGAGCAACAUGAAAUGAGCAGAAAGUAAGCUGUCUUUUAGUACAAGAGCAAGAGAACCUUGGAUGUCAACGUCUCACAGGUUCUUGAGACCAGCCACCAAACCACAAAAAGUGACUUUCUCUUCGCGUGUUCUCUACGUCCCUCCUGAUGGAAGCAGAAAUGGGGAGCAGCACGGAGCCUGGAAAAACAGCCAACAGAGGUACUCGAAUCGCCCUGGUUGUGUUCAUUGGUGGCACUCUGGUGCUGGGCACGAUCCUCUUUCUAGUGAGUCAAGGUUUCUUAAGUCUCCAAGCCAAACAGGAGUACUGCCUGAAGCCGGAAUGCAUCGAAGCUGCUGCUGCUAUCUUGAGUAAGGUAAAUCUCUCUGUGGACCCUUGUGAUAAUUUCUUCCGGUUCGCUUGUGAUGGCUGGAUACAGAAUAAUCCAAUUCCUGAAGAUAUGCCAAGCUAUGGGGUUUACCCUUGGCUGAGACAUAACGUUGACCUCAAGUUGAAGGCACUUUUGGAGAAAUCUAUCAGUAGAAGGCGGGACACCGAAGCCAUACAGAAAGCCAAAAUCCUUUAUUCAUCUUGCAUGAAUGAGAAAGCGAUCGAAAGAGCAGAUGCCAAACCAUUGCUCCACAUCCUGCGGCAUUCACCUUUCCGCUGGCCUGUGCUCGAGUCUAAUAUUGGUCCUGAGGGAGUGUGGUCAGAGAGAAAGUUCAGUCUUUUGCAUACCCUUGCAACAUUUCGUGGUCAGUACAGCAAUUCUGUGUUCAUCCGACUGUAUGUGUCCCCUGAUGACAAGGCAUCCAACGAACAUAUCUUGAAGCUGGACCAAGCAACUCUCUCCCUAGCUGUGAGGGAAGAUUACCUCGAUAAUAGCACAGAAGCCAAGUCUUAUCGGGAUGCCCUUUACAAGUUCAUGGUGGAUACUGCUGUGCUUUUGGGAGCUAAUAGCUCCCGAGCGGAGCAUGACAUGAAGUCAGUGCUUAGACUGGAAAUUAAGAUAGCCGAGAUAAUGAUUCCACAUGAAAACCGAACCAGUGAGGCCAUGUAUAACAAAAUGAACAUUUCCCAGCUGAGUGCUAUGAUUCCUCAGUUUGACUGGCUGGGCUACAUCAAGAAGGUCAUCGAUUCUAGACUCUACCCAGGUCUGAAAGACAUUGACCCUUCAGAGAACGUGGUUGUCCGUGUCCCGCAGUACUUUAAGGAUUUGUUUAGGAUAUUAGGCUCUGAGCGGAAGAAGACCAUUGCCAACUAUUUGGUGUGGAGGAUGGUUUACUCCAGAAUUCCAAACCUCAGCAGGCGCUUUCAGUAUAGGUGGCUUGAAUUCUCGCGGGUAAUUCAGGGGACCACGACUUUGUUGCCUCAGUGGGACAAAUGUGUAAAUUUUAUCGAAAGUGCCCUCCCUUAUGUUGUUGGAAAAAUGUUUGUGGAUGUGCACUUCAAGGAAGAUAAGAAGGAAAUGAUGGAGGAAUUGAUUGAGGGUGUUCGCUGGGCCUUUAUUGACAUGCUGGAGAAAGAAAAUGAGUGGAUGGAUGCAGGGACAAAAAGGAAAGCCAAAGAAAAGGCAAGAGCUGUUUUGGCAAAAGUUGGCUAUCCUGAGUUUAUAAUGAAUGAUACUUAUGUUAAUGAAGACCUCAAAGCAAUCAAGUUUUCAGAAUCCGACUACUUUGGCAAUGUCCUGCAAACCCGCAAGUAUUUAGCACAGUCUGAUUUCUUCUGGCUGAGAAAAGCGGUUCCAAAAACAGAGUGGUUUACGAAUCCCACGACCGUCAAUGCCUUCUACAGUGCAUCCACCAACCAGAUUCGAUUUCCAGCAGGAGAGCUGCAGAAGCCUUUUUUUUGGGGAACGGAAUAUCCUCGAUCUCUGAGUUAUGGAGCUAUAGGAGUAAUUGUUGGACAUGAAUUUACACAUGGAUUUGAUAAUAAUGGUAGAAAAUAUGAUAAAAAUGGAAACCUGGAUCCUUGGUGGUCUACUGACUCAGAAGAAAAGUUUAAAGAAAAAACGAAGUGCAUGGUUAACCAAUAUAGCAACUAUUAUUGGCGGAAAGCUGGCUUAAAUGUGAAGGGGAAGAGGACCCUGGGAGAAAAUAUUGCUGAUAAUGGAGGUCUGCGGGAAGCUUUUAGGGCUUACCGGAAAUGGAUAAAUGACAAGAGGCAGGGACUUGAGGAGCCUCUACUACCAGGCAUCACAUUCACCAACAACCAGCUCUUCUUCCUGAGUUAUGCUCAUGUGAGGUGCAAUUCCUACAGACCAGAAGCUGCCCGAGAACAAGUCCAAAUUGGUGCUCACAGUCCCCCUCAGUUUAGGGUCAAUGGUGCAAUUAGCAACUUUGAAGAGUUCCAGAAAGCCUUUAACUGUCCAUCCAAUUCCACGAUGAACAGAGGCGUGGACUCCUGCCGACUCUGGUAGCCAGGCCGCUGGUGUAGGCCAUCCUGGGAGCCGUAUAGCGCCAGGAGGGGCCACACCGAACACUCAUCGCCACCGCUUUCGGCCUUUGUUCCCCUGAAGACUCCUAUUUUUAAUGCAUCUUCAUUAUUUGGGUGUUGCUUGGAUGUGAACAUUAUUCAAAUUUUAGGGCUUAAAAAAAGGGAAUAGAAGAAGUGAACCAAGUAUGUUUCUUUAGAAAACCAAACCAAAAAAUAAAAUAAAAUAAAUCCCUAGGCUACUUUUGUUAAAAUAUUAUCUGCUGAAUUGUUGCUUUUGUCCAUUUUAGUGUAAACAGCUAAGUGGUACACACUAUUUUAAUCUACAGGUUUGCAGAGAGCCUAAGUAGAAUGUAUCCAGAAAAGAAAUUCAGUGUAUGCAUUUUGUAACCCUCCAUGAUGAGGACAUGUUCCUGGAUACCUGGUCGGUCUUACUGCUCUGUAGAAUGCAGUACUAGAUUUUAUGUAUUAUCAUUCAUAGCAUUUAUUAACUAUGGUAGUUAGAUUAGAAAUAUGUUGGAGCUUCAUUUUACAAUUUUUGAUGAAAUUUUUGCCUUCAUCUUUGAGGUCUGUUGGGUUGCAAAUGCCUCUCACAGCUUCUGUCUGACGUAGCUGAUUGCCCUGUUCAACUCGGCAUGAACAGAGCUGGCGAAAAGGCUACUUGAGAAAGGAUUUCAGUUUCUCAAAUAGAAAAAAGAAAAAUGGAUGUGUUUUUAAGGCCCAGAAGAAGUCAAAACUCCUACUCACUAGGAGAUGAAAUCUCCAAAAUUGGAUCUAUUCUGCCCAAACCUCAGUGAUUAUGUCUGUGUGCUGGGCACUUCUUCAGUCCAAUUCCUGUUUGUCUUGUUACCCUCAUGUAUGUGCAUUCUUCUGUUUCUGAAACGAGCAGGCACUUAGAAAAUGAUUUUCUAAUUCUCCAGUAAGAAUGUAUGGCUUCCAUUCCCCCUUUAGUGCAGGUGACCAGAUACCGCUUCUCUUUUGGCUCAGUUAACAUGACCUCUCUUUGAAAAAAGCGUUUUGAAAAAUUUCUUGAUUGGAGACAUUUUAAACUCUAUUGAUUGAUUUAAAAAUUCCUCACAUGUCCAAAGGAAGAUAAUUUUUUCUGUCCAAGUCUUCUAAAGAGUCUGUAAGGAAGAGCAGUGCUGGGUUUUUGAGCCUCAGAACUUUAUCCUUUCGGGUGAACCUCUCCAUGUCUUUUUAGAGUGUGUAGGGGAAAAUCUUAAUGGCCUUACAGUGGUUACCUGGCAUUUCCAGUUUCUUAAAAUAGCCAUCCUCCCUUUACAUUAUUCAUUGUGUAUGUGGUUUGGCGUUAAGUAGGCCACAAGGAAAAAUCUCAGAAGCAGAAUGACAAACUCAGACUAACCGUGGGAGACCAUUUUGCAUCCCUGUGAUUUAUUUUCCUUCUUUUUUUUUUAUUUUAAAUGUACGUGUGUGCCAUGUCCUUUUGUAAACAUGGGAACUUCCAAAGGGACAAAAAUGCAGGGGCACCACCAUGAGGAAAACAAUUACCUGUGUUGUUAGUCAGAGGACAGUGAUUUUCCCGUUGAUUUGUUCCUCUCUAAAUGAAUAAACUUUGGAAGGGCAGCUACCUUUUCCUCCUCUUAACCAAGGCUUAAUGUGACCUUAAUGUGACUUAUUUUUAAAAACAAGUGCUGUUAGGUUAGGGGUGCUGGAAGUGUACAGGCGUUUUCUCUGGAGGAGCCAUUCUGAUUUGCUUUAGACAUACAAGAUACUCCUUGUUUUAUCCCCCUCCUUGGACAUUUAGAAGCCACCGAGGUUUGUUAUGCUGGUAUGAAUGGCAUUUUCCUUCUAGAUUUCUCUUUUUAAACUCCCAGUAAACACAUUCCUGCAGGUCAGAGAAAGUGACUAGAACUAUGACUUUGGAAGUGGGAAUCAUGCAGUCAGUUGUCAGUUGAGGAAGACUAGUUAGUGAUCGGUUUGGGCCCUAUAGUUUCUAAAUGAUGUGGCUACUUUGUCCUGAUUAACUUUAUGUGCUAUAACUCAGUUAUACUAAAAGUUGUAGAUACGAGGACCAUUAUUAAAACAAGAUAAACCCAAAGCAGGAGUACCAAGUCAUCGCUACAAGCUACAACAGUUUUCUGGUAGGAUUGGAUUUCCACAUACAUGCUCAAGUUUAAAUUUUCGAUUAUACUCUUGUUACUUCUCUUCAAUACAGGUUGCUAAAGGAAGCAGACACUGAUUAAGUGCUAGAGGGAAGAAGGGAAAACCCAACUGGAAAGAAAGGUAAAAAAAAAAAAAAAGUAGGGAGAAGUUGGCCUCAGAAUGUGAUUAGGAAGAGAAGACAGGAUUUGGGCAAUCCUUGCUAAGCAUAUCCAUUGGAGCCGAGCCAUCAAGUUUUACAAAAAUAAUUAUGGUAAAUUAAAAGGAAAUUAGAUAUUGUAUCACAUACUAGGACUGCCAUAACAGACUUUCCUGAUUCAUAUACCAGAUGUUCUACCAGUGAACUAUUGUCUGCGUGUUGGAAGGAGUUUUGGGAAAGUCUCCCGGAAUAGUCGAGGAUUUUGUAUAAAUAAAGUGGUAUUAUUUGAGCUUAUCACCAUUGCCUAAAGUUUGUUGAGCUUUUCACCAACCAUACAGCAUUGGCCUCCUAUUUCCAUUUUUUCCUUUUAUGAGACAGACUUGGACAUGACUAAUGCAAGCUCGGAUUCGUAAAUUAUCCUGAAGUUUAUUCAGUGCCUUUCCUCAAUGGAGCUUAAAGCAUAGCACAUAAAUUUUAUCUUAUUUAGCCCUGGAGCAUCGCUAAGAAGCAAUGAGGAAUGCCGGCUUGCUGCACAGGUUAUGCUCGUGCCAGAGAAGUGGAGAGAGGUUUGAAAUUGCUUGUCAAGUAUCCCAGGAUCAGGAAAGGCAGAGUCUUUGUUCUUUGGGCAGCUGACCUCUGCAUUAACCUUCAUCCCUUAGAUGACCCCAUUUCUAAAUACAUUUAUUCUCUCAGUAUUUGUGCAGUCACUUAGCAUUUGAUGGGGCUUCUUCCUUGAUAUUUCUAACAUAAUGUUUCAAUUGCCUAUUAAGCUAAUGAAGAAUACAUGAUUGUUUCAUGCAGCAACAUUUUCCUCACCAGUGGCAGUGCCCCCGCUGGUUUGAAGGAAGGUAUUCUUGGAUUAUGCAUUUUAUAUCUAAAUGGUCAUUGUAUUUUCUUCUCUGACUUGUAAAACAAUGUGAACGAUCAUUUUAAGGACAAUAAAAAGUUGAAGAUU